AACGCCUCUUGUUCACCAAUUUUACAUCUAGUCUACUAUAAAUACUGACUUUUAACUGGAUUAAUGUUAGUAGUAACUUUACACAGUUCGCUGUUAUCUUUUAUUUCAAUUGUAGUGCACUUUUGAAACUAAAACUAUAUCACCAUGAUGCGCUCAGUAGCUGCCGUACUCCUCUUCGGAUUAGCCGUCGUACUCGCCCAAGCCCCAACGUCACCGAAACCAGACACCGUUAUCGUGAAGAAAAUCUACGGUACUCCCCCAGCUGGAUUAGUUAGAGGAGGUUUCUACCCAGGAGCAUACCCAGGAUACCAACAACCAUACCCAUACCAAGGCCAAUACAACCAAUACUACCAACAAGGCUACUACAACCAAUACCGUGGUCAAUACCCCGGAUACUACCCAGGUUUUGUAGGGCCAUCUGCCGCUCCAGUAUACGCUUCCCCAGCUCCAGUCUACGCUUCGCCAGCUCCAUUCCCAGUUACCCCAGCUCCUUUCGCUAAAUCUCCAGUCCCACAAGUCCAAUACUCUGGCAAAACCGGAGUCCCAGACAAAGAUGCCCGUAUUGUACAAGAAGACCGUGAAGUCAACUUCGACGGAACUUUCAAAUACUCUUACCAAACCGACAACGGUAUCGCCGUAACCGCCGAAGGUUCGCUUAAACCACCCCAGGCUGACAGCGAAGGACCAAUCCAAGUCAUCCAAGGAUCUUACACUUUAUACACCCCAGAAGGUGUCCCAGUACAAAUCUCCUACAUUGCUGACGAACAAGGAUACAGAGCAUCCGGUGACGCUAUCCCAACCUUAGCCCCAGAAGCCGCUGCUGCCAUCGCUAAGUCCAUCGCCGAAGGCGCCGGUGCCCCACAAAAGAAAUAAGUCUUUAGUUUAUAACUAAUUUUUUUUGUAACCAGUUUGUUUUCUUUUUUAUUUUCCUUCGAUUCUCAAAGUAAAAUGUUGUUUAUAUUGUACAUUACUUGUACAUGUCGAUUUUUGUAAUAAAUUUGCCUUUUUAGUCAA